GACUUGAGCAAGGCAGGGGGCGGGAAGAGAGCCAGAGACACAACAAACAUGGCGGUGGCGGCUGCAACGGUGACGAAGACGGCGGCAGCGGCGGUGACGGCAAGGGCGUUGAACAAGGUGGUGGGGGUUAUUCGGUGCGGUUGUCAGGAGACUUCUAUAUGGCUUUUGAAUUUUAGUUGAAAUUCCCUCCAUGGCCUUUUGGAGUCUCUUGCUGUGUCUCCAGAGUAAAUUUCUCUUACUCUACAUUUCAUCAAUGUUGGAGUGGCAAGAAAAAAGUGGAACUGAUUUGGGGUGAAAAAAAGGUAUAACAAAUUUGAAACUUUUUUUAAAAAAGGCAAAAAUGGGUGAAAAGAAACCAGAACCUCUGGACUUCGUGAAAGAUUUUCAGGAAUACCUGACUCAGCAGACCCAUCAUGUGAACAUGAUUUCUGGAUCAGUUAGUGGGGACAAAGAAGCAGAGGCUCUUCAGGGAGCUGGAACAGAUGGUGAUCAAAAUGGACUUGAUCAUCCAUCUGUUGAAGUUUCCCUGGAUGAAAACUCAGGAAUGUUAGUAGACGGGUUUGAAAGGACUUUUGAUGGGAAGCUCAAGUGUCGGUACUGCAACUACGCCAGCAAAGGAACAGCACGGCUUAUCGAGCACAUCAGAAUCCACACAGGUGAAAAACCUCAUAGAUGUCACUUAUGUCCAUUUGCAUCUGCUUAUGAGCGUCAUCUGGAAGCCCAUAUGCGUUCCCAUACUGGAGAAAAACCAUACAAAUGUGAAUUAUGUUCCUUCCGCUGCAGUGAUCGAAGUAACUUGUCCCACCAUCGAAGGCGCAAGCAUAAAAUGGUGCCAAUUAAAGGUACUCGGUCUUCCUUGAGCAGCAAGAAAAUGUGGGGGGUUUUACAGAAGAAAACGAGCAAUCUGGGCUACAGCAGAAGAGCACUGAUCAACUUAAGCCCACCUUCCAUGGUGGUUCAGAAACCAGACUACCUUAAUGAUUUUACCCACGAGAUCCCAAAUAUCCAGACUGACUCCUAUGAAAGUAUAGCGAAAACUACACCGGCUGGUGGCCUACCAAGGGACCCGCAAGAACUCAUGGUUGACAACCCUUUAAAUCAGCUCUCAACGCUAGCAGGACAGCUGUCCAGUUUGCCACCUGAAAACCAAAACCCUGCAUCCCCUGAUGUAGUCCCCUGCCCUGAUGAAAAGCCUUUCAUGAUUCAGCAGCCCUCUGCCCAAGCAGUAGUCUCUACUGUGUCAGCAAGUAUUCCUCAGAGCUCCCCGACAAGCCCCGAGCCUCGGCCAUCACACAGUCAGAGGAACUACAGCCCAGUAGCAGGUCCAAGCAGUGAACCAAGUGCCCACACUAGUACUCCCAGCAUAGGAAACAGCCAACCCAGCACUCCAGCCCCAACCCUGCCAAUCCAGGACCCUCAGCUUCUGCACCACUGCCAGCACUGUGACAUGUACUUCGCAGACAAUAUCCUUUACACGAUUCAUAUGGGAUGUCACGGCUAUGAAAAUCCUUUUCAGUGUAAUAUAUGUGGAUGCAAAUGUAAAAACAAGUAUGAUUUUGCCUGCCAUUUUGCAAGAGGGCAACAUAAUCAACACUGAAAACAAUCAGAUUAUGGGUUACUGGCUUUGGCUUUUUGGGAGUUUGUAGUUUGGUUUUUUUUUUCAAUCAUCCCUCUACUAAUUUAAAGUUUAUAUACACUAUAUUUAUAAAAUUUAAAUUUGACAGAAAAUUUCUUUCCUUUUUCUUCCAUAAAAAUCUGGCCAUGGUCUCUUAUAUAUUAGAAUAGUCACAUUUGUUGUUUUUUCCUUUUAUUUAGAUAUGUAAGAAUAAGAAUUCCAUCCAUCGUAAUAAAUAUUCAUUUAAGUUUCCCAUAUAUGUGCCCCAUAAAGACUUUAUUCAUACUCUUGAUAUUUUGAUAUAUUACUGCUAGAUUCUGAUUCUGCCAUAUUUUAAAAUGGCAGGACAAAUUAUUUUCUCUUUCAAAUCUGUUAUGACUUAUUUCAAUGUGUGUAGAGAAAUUGCCUUUAGGUUGUUCCUAAUUGAAAUACAGUUUGUGUACCUUAAGUUAAAUCAGUAGUUUCAUUUCAACUGAUGAUAGUAAAGGUAUUUCAAGUUAAUUAAUAUUGAAUUUUUUAUAAAGGGAAAUGUAAAACAAUUCUUUUAAAAUUAAAGUUGUAAAAAUAGGUGAAAAUUCUGAAAAGAAACUCAAGAUCCUAAAUUGAAAUUGAGUUUAGUAUUUAAAAUACCUGUUUAUUCAAUGUCUAAACACUCCUUUAGUUUUCCACUGAAUUUUUUGUACGUCAUUUAUUUUUUAAAAUCAUAGUUAAAUAUAGUAGAGUGCUAGAUGCCUUUUUUCAUUUUAAACUUUUUAACUAAAUUCAUUUUGAUGUUAUUAGUGUCCAGUGAGAUUAGUGACUUAGUGAGAAAGUUAUUCUUUCUAUUCUUUUGAUGACCAAAGAGGUACUACAAGGGUUAUCUUCUUUAUUAUGAAGAUGCAGUCUUUCAGAUUAAAAAAAAACUCCAUUUUCCUUUUCUUGCCUUCUAAGCAUUUAUUGCCCCUUAUUUCUAAGAAAAUAUGGGUAUAAAAUGUGGGGAAAUGUGAUAGUAAUAUAGUAAUAUGUACCCAGAAUACACCCUGGCCUCCUCUUCAAGUUGGUCAUUUAAAAUAUUUUCUGUGAAUUCAAAUUACAAUUCUUACUUGCAGUUUUACCAGUUUCCAUGAACAGUUACAACACUUACUAUAUGGAAACUGUAACUGAAUCAUCACUUUAGUAGGGAAGAACAAAAAAGUAUGAAAAUGGAUAUAAAAUGCAUCUAAACAUGUCAUUUGUUAAAAGACUUGCUAAAUCUAGAGUGAUUCAUUUUGAAUAGGAGGCUAUUGUUUUUAUACUAUGUAAUAACUAGCUUACUCUGAAGAGUUUGGUUAAACAAUAAAAUAUUGUUACUAACUCGGUUUCUGUGUACUUUGCAAAACUUUUCUUCUUUUUUUUUUUUUGGUUUCAUAUUUUGAAAAUACUCAUAUUGGCUUAUUAAAGAAAAUAUUUUGUCACCAAAAUAUUUUAACCAAAAAGGGCCUGUCCUCCUGUAGUAAAUAAAAGAGAAAUAUUGUUAACUGCCCACAAAAACACCAAGUGCCAAAUUAAUGAGCCCUUUGCUCUCCCAAUGCUAGAAAGCCAUUAAACAUGAGUGCUUGUGGUUAAAUAGCCGAUCUAGGCUCACCUUAAGGACACUUUAUUCAAACAGGAACUUCCUUUCUUGUCAAAUCUCGUGACACUAAAAAUUCUAUGUUUUUCUUUUGUAACUUAAAUCACUCACUGGUCAGAUCAAUUUUUAGUGCAAUUUGCAAAUUCAUAUGGUUCUAGAACUUCGUUCUAAUCCUUGUCUGUUUCCAGAAAGAAACAGGUUGUCAUUUGGAAGCUUUGUAAUUAUUUUUUCUUCUAUUUUAGUCUUCAAAUAAAAGCAAUAUUCCAAAACAGAAAAUGAAAAUUUUCAUAGAAGAGAAUGAACUCUCCUUCAAACCAGCUUAUUAACUGUACAUUCUGGGCCAAAUAGUGAUGAAUAAAUUUUUCUAAUAAAGAUCGAUGUUUUGAAGGUAUAUUUUAAUUUAAACAUGAGAAAGAUUGUUUUUCAUAGUUAUAAACUAGAAUGUAAAAUCCUAAUUUUCCUAUGACUUUAAGAGCACAGUUGGUUCCAAAGGUCUUAAUGCUUAAAAGCUAUAAUUCUAGAUGCACUAAAAAUUUUGAAACAAAUCUACCUUAGAAACUUGGGAUUAUACUUUAUAAAAGAUCGAGGGUUUUAUUUAAAUCUUCUGAGUUAAAUUCUGUAUUUGGAAAGAUGUUAGGGUCUUCCUUACACACUGAAUAUAUUCCUCUCAUCUUAUUUUUAAUCAAGUAUUUUAUAUAAAUGAGUUUGACAAAGUUUAACAUGCACUAUUUAGAGUACUUUGCCACUAAUAGGCAAUGUUCUGAAACUGAAUUUAUUUUUGUUCAGUGAACAUGCUUAGAUUUUUAAAACUGGUAGGUAAUUUAUCUCUGCUAAUAUUUUUUUAAGAAACUGUGAAGAGAUUAACAGGGAAUAAUUUUAUUUCAGAUUUUUCUAAUAUAGUAUGUAGCUGCAACUUCUAGAAACUGACGUAAAGGCUAGACUUUUACUUUGAAAAAAUUUCCAGUGAUGAUUUCCAGUGCGAUUUCAUUUUGGAAAGAAAUAUUUGCCAUUUAUCUGUAGAAUCAUUUGACAAAGGGAGUAUUAUUUAAAACAUAAGAGAUAAACCUCAUUUUAAGUUCUAAAAAAAAUGUAUCAAAGAAUGUGUUGAAAAAUUUUAAAUUCCCUGCUUAAGACUUCUACUUUAGUCUUAGAGGGUAUGUGCUUUCUUGAACUUUCUGUUAAUAAGUACUUCGAUGUAAGAACAUAUUUUGUAUGCAAAGCAUAAAUCUUGCAUUAUGGUUGUAAUGCAUUAUAUUGUUUAGGGAUCCAAAAAACAGGUUAAUGCUAAGUAACAAUUUAGUAUAUAGUUCAUAUUGUGAAUGAAGCUUUGGUUUUGUAAUAUAUGAAUAAAAAAAUAACACUUUCUAA